CGGUGCAAGACACGCCUACCCGGGCACCCAGGAAAUACUAAUCGAAUCCCCUCAUUGCAACAGCUUUAAACUGCUCAUGUCAUCAUCCAAUCAGUGAAGACUUACCCCGGAAGGAAGCAACACCCCACCCACUGUGUGUUUUUGCUGUAAAAUGAAAUGAACUGAAACUUCUCUAAAAAUUGUAAAUGUAAGUUUCACUAUCAUCAAGCCGAUUUGUCACAUUGUUUCCUGUGUGUAUCAUUUUGUGGAAUUUCGUUGAAGAGUGUAAGGUAAGACAGAAAUGAAUAGAUACGGAUACAAAUUAUUUAAUUCAAAGUAUCAUAUAGGCGAGAUUAUGAGUGAUCGUAAAUAGUCUACCAUAUGGUACUUGGAUGCUCUGGGGUUGGGUUGUCUCUUAGGCACACACAAAAAAAUUAUAUUACCCGCUGGGUAAGUAGGUUUAAUAAUAAGGUAGUGAUCCUGAGUGGCGCAGCGGUCUAAGGCACUGCAUCGCAGUUCGAUCCCGGGCUGUAUCACUACGGACAGUGAUCGGGAGUCGCAUAGGGGAGGGUUUGGCCAGGGUAGGUCGUCAUUGUAAAUAAGAAUUAGUUCUUAACUGACUUGCCUAGUUAAAUACAAUUUAAAAAAUGGUCACUGAUGAAGUCUGGAUAAUGGUCACUGUAAGUCGCUCUGGAUAAGAGCGUCUGCUAAAUGACCAAUUUAUUUUAUAUUUAUAUGAAUGCAAAGCCGGAUGUUUGAACCGGGAAAUAGUUAGAGAUGAGGGAAUGGGGAAGCAGAUCUGAAAUACAGAAGGCCUUGUAACGUCACUACUUCUGCCACACAUCCUCCCUGUUUCCUUGGAAGUAAACAUUGACCUACCAUAGAAUUACAAGUGUAAGCACCGGUUCUUCUAUAUUACAUAGCUUUUGACUUUACUGUCUGUCUGUCUGUCCGUCUGUGUCUGUCAGAUGGGGUAUAUGCAGGUAGAGGAGCACACCUCCAACAUGUUACACCUGAAGAGAUCACCUGGCAUCCGCUCCUGGUCGCUGCUUGUAGGUAGGAUCAUUGUGUGUGUGUGUGUGUGUGUGUGUAUGUACAUUCAGUGUAAAUAUGUAUUUAUUUGAAUGCAAUGUCAAAAUAAAUUGACCCAGCAUUUAGUCCUUUUUCUGAUUACAGGUAUUGCGUCCAUUGGCCUGGCUGCUGCAUACUACACCUCAGGUAUAACCCGAUUUACAACCGUCACCAUACUACACCUCAGGUAUAACCUGAUUUACAGGCGUCACCAUACUACACCUCAGGUAUAACCCGAUUUACAGGCGUCACCAUACUACACCUCAGGUAUAACCCGAUUUACAGGCGUCACCAUACUACACCUCAGGUAUAACCCGAUUUACAACCGUCACCAUACUACACCUCAGGUAUAACCCGAUUUACAAUCGUCACCAUACUACACCUCAGGUAUAACCUGAUUUACAGGCGUCCCCAUACUACACCUCAGGUAUAACCCGAUUUACAGGCGUCACCAUACUACACCUCAGGUAUAACCCGAUUUACAGGCGUCACCAUACUACACCUCAGGUAUAACCCGAUUUACAAACCGUCACCAUACUACACCUCAGGUAUAACCCGAUUUACAAUCGUCACCAUACUACACCUCAGGUAUAACCUGAUUUACAGGCGUCCCCAUACUACACCUCAGGUAUAACCCGAUUUACAGGCGUCACCAUACUACACCUCAGGUAUAACCCAAUUUACAGGCGUCCCCAUACUACACCUCAGGUAUAACCCGAUUUACAGGCGUCACCAUACUACACCUCAGGUAUAACCCGAUUUACAACCGUCACCAUACUACACCUCAGGUAUAACCCGAUUUACAGGCGUCACCAUACUACACCUCAGGUAUAACCCGAUUUACAGGCGUCACCAUACUACACCUCAGGUAUAACCAGAUUUACAGGCGUCACCAUACUACACCUCAGGUAUAACCUGAUUUACAGGCGUCACCAUACUACACCUCAGGUAUAACCUGAUUUACAGGCGUCACCAUACUACACCUCAGGUAUAACCCGAUUUAUAGGCGUCACCAUACUACACCUCAGGUAUAACCUGAUUUACAGGCGUCACCAUACUACACCUCAGGUAUAACCCGAUUUAUAGGCGUCACCAUACUACACCUCAGGUAUAACCUGAUUUACAGGCGUCACCAUACUACACCUCAGGUAUAACCUGAUUUAUAGGCGUCACCAUACUACACCUCAGGUAUAACCUGAUUUACAGGCGUCACCAUACUACACCUCAGGUAUAACCCGAUUUAUAGGCGUCACCAUACUACACCUCAGGUAUAACCAGAUUUACAGGCGUCACCAUACUACACCUCAGGUAUAACCAGAUUUACAGGCGUCACCAUACUACACCUCAGGUAUAACCUGAUUUAUAGGCGUCACCAUACUACACCUCAGGUAUAACCUGAUUUAUAGGCGUCACCAUACUACACCUCAGGUAUAACCCGAUUUACAGGCGUCACCAUACUACACCUCAGGUAUAACCAGAUUUACAGGCGUCACCAUACUACACCUCAGGUAUAACCUGAUUUAUAGGCGUCACCAUACUACACCUCAGGUAUAACCCAAUUUACAGGCGUCCCCAUACUACACCUCAGGUAUAACCUGAUUUAUAGGCGUCACCAUACUACACCUCAGGUAUAACCUGAUUUAUAGGCGUCACCAUACUACACCUCAGGUAUAACCUGAUUUAUAGGCGUCACCAUACUACACCUCAGGUAUAACCCGAUUUACAGGCGUCACCAUACUACAGCACUGCUUUAGUUGAGUACAGAAACAGUCUGGUACCUAGGCCAGUCAUCAUUGACAUAAUUAAGACAGAAAAAUACCUGUCUCUCUUCCCUCUUUUUUCCUGUCUUUCCAGACAGUAUCCUGUGGAAGCUGUUCUACGUGACGGGCUGUCUGUUCGUGGCCAUGCAGAACAUGGAGGAGUGGGAGGAGGCAGUGUUUGAUAAAACCAAGAAUGUGAUUGAGCUGAAGUCCUUCAGUCUGUACGCCCUGAUUCUCACCAUGUGGAGGAGAGGCCAGGAGAAAGGUGAGGAACAUCAUCACCUAAUGUGUCCUGUACUUUCACAUUGACUCUCCUUUAACAAUAAGGGUAGGAUGAUGGGAUGAGUUUUCAAAUCCAGUAAACGCAGGGGUCUUCAACCGUGGUCUUGGAGAGCUACAGGAAUUUUGCUCCACAAACUCACCCUCUCUCCUCCUGUCUCCCAUCUCCCUCCCGUCUCCCUCCCGUCCCCCUCCCGUCUCCAUCCCAUCCCCUGCCUCUCUCUCCCGUCCCCCUCCCGUCUCCCUCCCAUCUCUCUCCCGUCCCCCUCCCAUCUCCCUCCCAUCCCCCGUCUCCCUCCCAUCUCUCUCCUGUCUCCCUCCCGUCUCCAUCCCGUCCCCCUCCCGUCUCCUCCCAUCCCCUGCCUCUCUCUCCCAUCUCCCUCUCGUCUCCCUCCCAUCUCCCUCCCAUCCCCCGUCUCCCUCCCAUCUCCCUCCCAUCCCCUGCCCUCUCCCGUCUCCCUCCCAUCUCCCUCCCAUCCCCCCCCCGUCUCCCGUCCCAUCUCCCUCCCAUCCCCUGGCCUCUCUCUCCCGUCGCCCUCCCAUGCCUCCCCCGUCUCCCUCCCAUCUCUCUCCCCCGUCUCCCUCCCAUUCCCCCUCCCGUCUCGCCUCCCAUCCCCUGCCUCCUCUACCCCUCCGCCCAUCUCCCGCCCAUCCCCGGCCUUCUCUUCCCGUCUCCAUCCCGUCUCCCCUCCCAUACUCCCUCCCAUCCCCUGUCCUCUCGCCCGUCUCUCUCCCAUCCCCCUGCCUCUCUCCCAUCUCCGUCCCGUCUCCCUCUCAUCUCCCUCCCAUCCCCUGCCUCUCUCCCGUCUCCCUCCCAGCUCUUCUCCCGUCUCCGCUCCCCGUCCCCUGCCCUCCUCCCGUCCUCCCUCCCGUCCCCCCCUGUGCCUCUCUCCCGGCUCCCUCCCAUCCCCUGCCUCUCUCCCGUCUCCCUCCCGUCCCCUGCCUCUCUCCCGUCUCCCUCCCAUCCCCUGCCUCUCUCCCGUCUCCCUCCCAUCCCCUGCCUCUCUCCCGUCCCCCUCCCGUCUCCCUCCCGUCCCCUGUCUCUGUCUCUCAGUGGUGCUGGACAUGAGGCACCUGCGUGACGUGUGUGUUCAGGAGGAGAAGGUGCGCUAUCUGGGGAAGGGCUACCUGCUGGUUCUGCGGCUGACAACAGGUUUUUCCUACCCCCUCACACAGAGCGCCACCAUGGGCGGACGCAGGUACGACUGGGGUCUGGAAGGGGAAGAGAUGGGGUCUUAUAAUAGACAUAACAUGGAAGAUGUUGUGUUAAAGGAUCAGAUCACAGGUCUCCCAGGAUAGGAUAAUAUUGUAGAAUAUUCAGCAGUAUAUUGUAGAAUAUUGUAGAAUAUUUAGUGGUAUGGAAUAGAAGUCAAAUCAGCCAUGCUGUCUAGUCUUAAUCACAACUAGUUGUUUGAUCAUUUUCUUUCCCCCGCUCUGUCAGUGAUGUGGAAGCGGUGGCUUCGUUGCUCAAGCGCUUCCUGGGUCUGGAGGAGCUCCAGUGUCGUUGGGAGCAGGAGGAAGAGGAUGAGGAAGAGGAGGAAGAGGACCCAAGCACUGACUCAGAAGAAGAGGGGGACUAUGAACCCUCAGUGCAGUAGAGAUGAGGAGAGGAAGCCACUGUAGACAUGAAAUGCACACAAAUAUAUUUUACAGCAUUUCAUAGUAUUAUCCCUGAUACUGUAAAUUGCCUUAAAUACUUUCUAGAAUGGUAGUUUUCCACAAAAUAUUUAAACUAAAUCAUAGUUUGGUGUGUGGCCUGUUCUUAAAGACCAAUGAUCAUUACUGUAUAACUGCAUUACAGACUAAUACUUAUAAUUACAGUGCCUUUCUAUUUAAAUGUCAUCAGUAUUUGUGUGGAAAAACUCAUUCAAACAUGCCCACAGAAUAGGGAACACAUUUAGUGUGUUUGAGACCACUCAAGUGAGAAUCUUCUAUGCAUGACUCUACUCACUACAACCAUUCAUCUGAGUGCAUGUGACCGUAAACUAUAAUCAAGCAUGAAGGAUUUCCAGGGAUCAGUUAAGAAUGUAUGCCUGUUUUUAUGUGAAAGUUAAUACUUGCAUGUUCAUGUGUCUGUCAGCAUUCAUAGGUCUUAUUACUAGGGCCAGAGAGAAACUGGGAAGGCAAAACAUUUCAAAACCUAUUGAAAGGACUUCAUCUAACAUGGUUUAAUAUUCAUAGAGAAAGCUACAGAUUUAGUCUCGCCCUAUAUGAAAGAUCAGUCUCAGGUAACAUUCCUGUCCAUAGACUGUAUUGUGUUAGUAAUAAUGUGUAUAUUUGACAGGUGUGCUGUAUUACAUUGUAUCUGGACAGUUUUAACUACUGUGUCUGUUAAUGAGAGGAAGGUGAGUGUAGAUGUCUUGUGUUGCUUGGAAGAAAGAGGAUGAAUGAGAGAUUUGUACGUUUAAACAUUUUUUAAUGUGUCCAGUUGCUGCUGGAGGACUGCAGGUACUGAUUUACCUUCUUUUUUUUUGUAUUUUCAUACAUUAAUUUGUGCAUUUUUUUGUAACAAAAGAACAAAAAGGGGAAUUCAAUUAAAGUAGCUUUUUGAUAA